AUGUCUUAUGCAUCCUUCGCUUUGAAGGACAACGGCCAAUGCCUAAAGCGCAACUACGACUGCGACGAGCUAGAUUUCAAUGACGAUGAUGACAUUGUGAACAUGACAAGUUUCGAAAAAAACAAGUAUGAAUACAGCCUGAAGAAGAAGAUAAUUAACCGUUAUAAGAAAGAGAAGGAUGAGCUGGAAACUUUUUCGAGGAGGGACAACUCGGUAAAUAACUCCACAAUUACAAAUAGGGAAAUGUAUUCUCUGAAUGACGACAACACGGAAUUGAAAGCCAGGAUACGUAACUCGCUGUGCAACACCAACAACAACACCAGCUGUCAUAGCAAUUACGACAAUCAUAGUGGCAACGACAGCGCCAACUAUAACAGUAAUUACAACCUCAACUACAACUUGAACAUGGAUUCCACGAAGAGGGAGUCCAAUCUUAAACUGGAGGGAAUACUACACGAAAACGAUUAUCUAAUUCAGCUAAGCAAAUUAAAAAGACACGUCAUAAUAGAAAUUUUUGGUGGAAAGUGCUUCAUAAGGGAAUAUCUAUGCACGGAGUUUUUGAAAAGAGUGAAACAAUGUUGCCAUAUAAAUUAUAUAAAACAGAAGAGUGGAUUGAUAAACUAUCGAGACUGCAAACAACUGCUCGCAGAAAAUAACAAUAUAGCCAGCAUAGAAGCCCGGUUAAAUGCCAUACUCGUAUCCCUGCCCCCGUUAACAUGCAUCAUUUUACACUCUAGUGUGUUCCUAGUGAUAAAAGAAGAUUUAAUUCGAGAUGAUCUAAUUAAGAAGCUAUGUAAUGUCUCCAAAAGAUAUACCCAUUUGUACAAAGUUGACACCAAAAAUAUGGAGAAAAGACCCUUUGAAUUUAGUGCCCUGGAAUGUGUUUUUUCAAGUGCCAUUGAACAUUUAAAUGCAGAAAUGAAACUCUUAAGUAAAGAAUUUGCAGACAUCAAAUUUACCUUAAAAGUUACCAAUUAUCAGGAUGUGCAGACGAAUUUGCAUAACUUAAAAGAACCAACCAAUAUUUUAAUAAAUAAAGUGAAUUCCUUCAUUAAGGCUUUUCACGAAAUAUCCGAAAAUAAUGCGGACCUGAAAAAAAUGGAAUUAACCAGGUGUUAUUUUAACCCUAUUAAUGGGGAGGAAGACAAUAAAGAGUCAACGAAUCAGGACCUGCAAAUGCUCUUUGAAUAUUUUGACCAGGAACUUCAUCAGAUACACGAUCAGGUGAAGCACUUAUAUGAGUUAAUGCAAAACUUGGAGAACAAAAUGGCAUCGGAUUUGUCUCUUUCUAGGAAUAAUUUGAUACGCAUGGACAUAGUCAUCAGUUUAAUUAAUUCCGGCUUCGGCAUAGGAACACUCAUAACAGGAGUUUUUGGAAUGAACUUGAAAAUAAAGCUUGAGGAACACGAAUUUGCCUUUGUCUACGUCACGGGGCUGGUCAUUUCUUUAUGUUUAAUAACUGUAGUCAUGUCUGUUUAUUUCUUUAAGUGUAUUCGAAUUUAG